CGCCCCUUAGGAAAUCACUUAGUCUCGGCUUUACUAGCCCCACAUCCUUUCCCUAGUUUCUUGCACUUCUAGAGAUCGAAAACUACUGCAGAAACAAGCAAAGCUCAUUCCCCGGGCGGGUGCAGGGGGGCUCCAGAAAAAGGGCAAUUUCCCGCGUCCGUCAAUCGAAAUCGUUUCUUUUGCCCCCUAUUCCAGAGCUUCAGUGGCUCGGUUGCUUCCCAGUUCUGCAAGAGCGCUGGGCGACAGAGUAAUGGAGAAGCGCCUGCAGGAGGCUCAGCUGUACAAGGAGAAAGGGAACCAGCGUUACCGGGAAGGGAAGUACCGAGAUGCUGUGAGUAGGUACCACCGAGCUUUGCUUCAGCUACGGGGUCUGGAUCCAAGUCUGCCCUCCCCGAUACCCAAUCUGGGCCCUCAGGGCCCGGCUCUCACACCUGAACAAGAAAACCUACUCCACAGCAUCCAGACAGACUGCUACAACAAUCUAGCUGCCUGCCUCCUUCAGAUGGAGCCAGUGAACUACGAACGUGUGAAGGAAUACAGCCGCAAAGUCCUGGACCGCCAGCCUGAGAAUGCCAAGGCCUUGUACCGGGCUGGAGUGGCCUUUUUCCACCUGCAGGACUAUGACCGGGCCCGACACUACCUCCUGGCUGCUGGCAGUCGGCAGCCCAAAGAUGCCAACGUGAAGCGGUACCUCCAGCUGACACAGUCACAGCUCAGCAGCUACCACCAGAAAGAGAAACAGCUCUACCUGGGCAUGUUCGGUUAACGGA